AUGUCACAUGACAUUAAGAAGACGACCGACAUCAAAGUCGAGGUCGCUCUCGCCCGCGAUGUCGAAGCCAUCGAGAUGAACGACAUGAGCGCAUCGUCGUCGCAAUACAAGGAUGACGGCAACAACAACAACACCACCAAAGCCUGGGCCGUCUCGGUGCCCAGCUCAGAGGAACAGUCCAGAGAACAGAGCGAUUGGUUGGAUGGUUUUCGAAGGGCCGAUCGACGAAAGAUGAAGAAGGGUUGGGAUAAACAAUACCAGUCUGAGGAGCCACCCCAAAUCCCAGGCGAUAACAGAUACUUUGACAUAAGAGCUGCCAAUGCAAAGACGGCGACGUCGGCGCUGGCAAGGGAAUUGAAGGGAAGGCAUUUACAGAUGAUUGCUUUUGGUGGUGCUAUUGGUACUGGUCUCUUUGUUACUUCCGGUACAGCUCUUCACGAAGGUGGCCCUGGUAGUGUUCUGAUCUCAUACAUUGCCAUCGGUGCUCUACAAUACUGCACCAUGCAAUCGCUCGCCGAACUCGCCGUCAUCUUCCCCAUCGCUGGUUCAUUCUCUGCCUUUUCCACACGUUUCCUCGACCCCUCAUGGGGCUUUGCUAUGGGAUGGAAUUAUUGUCUCCAAUGGCUCUUCACUCUACCUCUCGAGAUUAUCGCCGGCGCUUUUACUAUUACUUACUGGAAUGAGGGUAUCACCAAGUCCGUCUUUGUCGUCAUUUUCCUUGCUGCCAUUUUCAUCAUCAACCUCUUUGGCGUAAAAGCCUACGGUGAAGCCGAGUUCGUCUUUUCAACCAUCAAAGUCACUGCUAUCGUCGCCUUCAUCCUUCUUGGAAUCGUCAUCAACAUUGGAGGCGAACCUACAGGAAGCUACAUCGGAGGCCGCUAUUGGGUUGACCCAGGCUUCUUCAACAACGGCUUCAAAGGCUUUUGUUCCGUGCUCGUCACGUCAUGUUUCUCAUUCACCGGCACAGAACUUAUCGGAUUAGCAGCAGCCGAGACAGCCAACCCUCGCAAGUCCCUACCCAGCGCCAUCAAGCAGGUCUUUUGGCGCAUCACGCUCUUCUACAUCGUCUCCCUCAUGCUCGUCAGCCUAUUGGUUCCUCACAACGACCCUCGCAUCCUCGAUGCCAGCUCCUCCAACUCUGCCGCCUCACCCUUCGUUGUCGCCAUUGAAUCGAUGGGAACGACAGUCUUACCAAGUGUCAUGAACGCCGUCAUUCUUAUCGCCGUCAUCAGUGUUGGCAACUCUUCUGUUUUCGGUUCCUCGCGAACGCUAGCUGCUCUUGCAGAUCAGUCUAUGGCGCCAGCCAUCUUCUCCUAUGUUGAUAAGCAGGGUCGUCCGUUGGUGGCUAUCAUCUUUGCCUCCUGUGUCGGAUUGUUGGCUUUUAUUGUUGACUUGAAGGCCCAAAAUGUUAUCUUUAACUGGUUGUUGUCUGUUAGUUCUCUUGCGACGCUGUUUACCUGGGGCAGCAUUUGCCUCACGCAUAUCCGAUUCCGCAAAUCCUGGGCCCAUGCAUCGCACACUCUCGAGCAAUUGCCCUUCCGCGCGCGAUCCGGCACCGCUGGAUCAUGGUUCGCUCUCUGCGGAUACACUCUUAUCCUGUUGAGCCAAGUCUGGACGGCUGUUUCACCCGUCGAGAUGAAGGCAGACGCGACAACAGGAGAUAUUGUUCAAAAUGUCUUCCUUCGACUGAUGGCUGUGCCCAUUGUUCUUGUCAUCUUGGUCUUUUCCAUCCUGCAGGAAACCCCUGAAGUACCGACAGAAGCCGUUGCAAGCCUCAAGAAGAGGAAUGCACCCCUGGGCUUUCCUGUCGAUUCAAGGGAAGUGGGGAGUCAGGGCAACCUUUUGUAA